AUGUAUCAGUCCUCGUGGAGUGCGAUCAACGAAUUUGCGCAUACCUUCUUCACCGGCUCGAUCACGCCUUACAGCAACGCAUUUGACGGUUCCAGAGUGCUUCAAGCCUUUUACAACAACGGCGCCAGAAGCAGCGGCAGUGUGCGGUCUAUUUUCGCCAAUGUUGCAGAGUCCAUGACUACGCAUAUCCGUCAAUCGGGCAACAUGAUCUUGGGGGCACCAGCUCCCGGAACUGUCUACCGUCAGGACAUAUGCGCAGCGUUCGCUGUGCGUGGCUAG